CCAAUACAAUCCACGGGAGCUGAUCUGAUCUCGGUGACUUGAUCUCGGCGAUCCGAGACUUUCGGAGCUGGAAUCAAGUCGUACAAGGAAGAGAAGUCUCCGAAGAGGGUCAAUUGAUUAUUCGGAGAAAGGUCAGCAUUAUGAAAAAUUACUAUAGAUGAUAUUUGACUGCAUUUUCUUCCUUUUUUCUCGUUGUUUUCUAAGAAUAGUGUUGUGGCUCUCAGCCUGUUGAAUAGCGUCGUCAGCCUCAUAAACGUGCCAACAUGACUCGGGUCUUCUCGCGCAUGCCUAUCUCCAUUUACAGCUUCAACCUCGGCGAUUGACCUCCGCAACCGCAGGAAAACCCCAUCUAUUGUUGGUAUUUCCCCUCCGAUAAAUCGGCUACUUCUCCGGGGAGCCCCCAAGCUUAUUCUGCUUAGCCUCAGCCCAGCGCUUUUGCAGCCAUCCAUUCAACUGUUUUCAUUGGAUCUGACUCAGCAUUUAGGUGUGCUUCAAUACCGGUACGUACCGACAGUCCCUCAAUCCCUAGCUCUCCCGGGUACUGCUCCUUCCCCCCCCCACGUAAACCAGUCCCAGCACAGCACACGCCUCUAGCUCUCCCUUUUCCCUUUCUUUCCCGAAUUCUUGUACACUUCUUUUCUUCCUCCUUCAUCAACCUCUCUCAAUACUUCAACGAUCCCUCAAAUUUCCCCAGCGACGAAGCACCCUAAUCCCUUGGUCAGGGCCCUUAUUCUACGACACUCCCAAAGUCAUGGCUGCUACUAUCCGUACCGAUCUUCCAGCUCCCAUUGGGGACAAGCAGCUGGAGAAGAAGCCCAUCAAGUUCUCCAACUUGCUUCUCGGCGCUGGUCUCAACCUCUUCGAAGUGACCACCCUCGGACAGCCUCUCGAGGUCGUCAAGACCACCAUGGCUGCCAACCGAGGUGACAGCAUGGCUGCGGCUUUGGGACGCGUCUGGGCCCGCGGUGGUCCCCUGGGCUUCUACCAAGGUCUCAUCCCCUGGGCUUGGAUUGAAGCUUCCAGCAAGGGCGCCGUCCUUCUGUUCGUCGCCUCCGAGGCCGAGUACUACGCCCGUGUCGCUGGUGCCUCUGAGUUUGGCGGCGGUAUCCUUGGUGGUGUCACCGGUGGUGUUGCCCAGGCUUACGCCACCAUGGGUUUCUGCACCUGCAUGAAGACGGUCGAGAUCACCAAGCACAAGAUGGCUGCCUCCGGUGUCAAGCCCCAGUCUACCUUCCAGACCUUUGCUGAGAUCUACCGCAAGGAGGGUAUUCGUGGCAUCAACAAGGGUGUCAACGCUGUUGCUAUCCGACAGAUGACCAACUGGGGUAGCCGAUUCGGUCUCAGCCGUCUCGCUGAGGGUUGGAUCAAGUCUCUCACUGGCAAGAAGGAGGGCGAGAAGCUGUCCGCUGGUGAGAAGGUCAUCGCCAGUGCUCUUGGUGGUGGUCUCAGCGCCUGGAACCAGCCCAUUGAGGUCAUCCGCGUUGAGAUGCAGAGCAAGAAGGAGGAUCCCAACCGUCCCAAGAAGAUGACGGUCGGCAACACCUUCAGGUACAUUUACGAGACCAACGGCGUCAGGGGUCUUUACCGUGGUAUCGCUCCCCGUAUUUCUCUUGGUAUUUGGCAGACUGUCUGCAUGGUUGCUUUUGGCGAUAUGGCGAAGACUUAUGUUGAGAAGCUGACCGGCGAGUCGGUCACCGCUAAGCAUUAGAAGGCGUUUAGGAAUCUGGUUUGAAAAUAUCGCUCAUGGUGAGCUUGAUGUAUGGAUUGUCUAAUGUAUGGAUUCGAAUAUCUCUGAUGUAAUGACACAAGCCUGUAAAAAGGCUGUCGCAAAGGAGGUGCUCGCGCCUUGAAGAUUAUCUUUCUAUGAUAGUUAGCUGUACAAAGUCAUGGACCCUGUGGGUUUGACUUCAAUAGAGAAAACAAAUGCGCAAUGUUUCAUUCUUUAUCACUAGUAAUGACCUUUGUUUGGAGUCUAUGGUUCAAAUGACUGCAGAUCACGCAUACCAUCUCAGUAAGAAUACCUUAAUUUACU